CGUGUUUUUACGCCCAGCUAACGGGACGUGGGUGAGGCUCGGAACUUGGUACUUUUUUCUGCUCUCUCGCGUUCACGCAGAACAACCGCGCUGUUUUAAUACCAAUGCGCUUCUUAUAAUGCGCGAGACGGUUUAGCUCGCGUCUGAAGUUCACGCGCCGCCGUCAGUUUCUUCCAGCGCUCGCCGUCGCCAGAGAUGGAACUCUAGCCGUCGGGUUCCGCUCUGAACCGAGUCGCCCCACGUUCAGCUGGCCAGAAUAACAGAGAACCAGGGAGAGAGAGAGAACAUGCAGAGCGACAAGCCGGAGCCGACCGAAGCCAAGGGCGCCGAGGGUCCGGGCGCAAGCGGCGCAGAGGAGAAGGCGUUAAGUAACGCAAGAGGAGCCGCAGAAGCCACCAGACCCAGUGGGAUCAGCGCCGUGGCGGUGCUGUGGACCUUCGGGAAAUGUCUGAGCGCCUUGCUCCCCGUCUACCUGGCCGGGUACUAUCGGGUCAGCACCAGCCUGCUGGUGUGCGGCAUGAUGGUCUACACGGGAUGGAAGCACGCCCGAGAGGCGAAGGAGGAGCGCCUCAGGUCGGCUAUGCAGCUGCUCGACAACGAGGAGGAGUACACGUUCAGUAGAGUGUCCAAAAUCAGGAGAGACCUCCCUGCGUGGGUCAACUUUCCAGAUGUGGAGAAGGUUGAAUGGCUGAAUAAGGUACUGCAGCAGGUGUGGCCCUUUGUCGGCCAGUACCUGGAGAAGCUGCUGAUGGAAACGAUCGCUCCGUCCAUCCGAGCCUCGAGCGCUCACCUGCAGACGCUCACCUUCACCAAAGUGGACAUGGGAGACAAGGCCAUGAAGGUGGUGGGCAUUAAGGCGCACACGGAGAACGACAAAGGACAAGUUCUGCUGGACCUCUACAUCAGUUACGUUGGAAACGUGGAGAUCAACGUUGAAGUCAAAAGAUACUUCUGCAAAGCGGGAGUCAAAGGAAUACAGCUACAUGGGAUGAUGCGAGUGAUUCUGGAGCCUUUGAUUGGAGACGUGCCCAUAGUGGGUGCAGUCAGCAUGUUCUUCAUCCGUCGGCCUAAACUAGACAUCAAUUGGACCGGACUAACCAAUUUAUUGGACAUUCCUGGACUCAACGUUAUGUCAGACAGCAUGAUUAUGGACGCCAUUGCUUCGUUCUUGGUGCUGCCCAACCGUCUUGUUGUCCCACUGGUCCCUAAUCUGCACGUGGCUCAGCUGCGCUGUCCGCUGCCCAGGGGUGUGGUGCGCAUCCACCUGCUGGAGGCGCAGAGCUUGGCAGCCAAAGACAACUACGUGAAAGGUGUCAUGGCCGGCUUAUCUGACCCAUAUGCCAUAUUAAGGGUGGGGCCUCAAACGUUCACCUCCAAACACAUCGAUAACACAGAAUGUCCCAAAUGGGAAGAGAUGUAUGAGGUGAUUGUCCAUGAAGUGCCGGGUCAGGAGCUGGAGGUGGAGGUUUAUGACAAAGACACAGACAAGGAUGACUUCUUGGGAAGGACCAAAUUAGAUCUGGGCAUUGUGAAGAAAUCCAUUGCUGUUGAUGAUUGGUUCACUUUGAAAGAAACGCCAUCUGGACGCGUUCAUUUCAAACUGGAGUGGCUGGCCUUGGAGCCCAACACCGAACACCUUGAGCAGGUCCUAAAAAGGAAUGAAAGCGUCACCAGCAAGAACUCCAACCCCCCCUCUGCAGCUAUCUUGGUUGUGUAUCUUGACAAAGCUGAGGCACUUCCCAUGAAGAAGGGAAAUAAGGAGCCCAAUCCCAUGGUGCAGAUAUCUGUGCAAGGAAACACUAAAGACAGCAAGACUUGUUACACUACCAUUAACCCGGAGUGGGAAGAAGCUUUUACCUUCUUCAUCCAAGAUCCUCGCACUCAGGACAUAAGCAUUCAGGUGAAGGAUGCUGACCGCGUGCAGACAUUGGGCAGUUUGACCAUUCCUCUUUCCCGCGUCCUGGAAGCUUCCCAUCUUUCGCUAGACCAGUGGUUCCAGUUGGAGAACUCUGGAUCUGCGAGUCGCAUCUACAUCAACUCGGUUCUCAGGGUCUUGUGGUUAGAUGAGGAUCGUAUUUCAGCGGAGGUUUCUUCUAAUUUGGCAGCUGGAUUUUCUAAACAGUUGGCCCAGCAGGCCUCCCCUCAUCCAAGCUUUGCUACAGAGGGACUGCUUCGAAUUCACCUCCUGGCAGGUCAGAAUCUUGUUCCCAAAGAUAACAUGAUGGGUGGAAUGGUGAAGGGAAAGAGUGACCCAUAUGUCAAGAUCAACAUUGGGGGAGAAACAUUCACGAGUCAAGUGAUAAAAGGCAAUCUGAACCCAACCUGGAAUGAGAUGUAUGAGGUUAUUCUGACCCAGCUUCCUGGUCAGCAGCUGCAUGUGGAGGUGUUUGACAAAGACAUGGACAUGAAAGAUGACUUCAUGGGGAGGCUGAAGAUAAGUCUAAAGGAUAUCAUUGACUCUCAGUACACUGACCAGUGGUACACGCUCAGUGAUGUGAAGACAGGUCGAGUUCACCUGGCCCUGGAAUGGGUUCAGACAUCUUCAGAACCAGACGGGUUGGACCAGGUUCUUCAGUUCUACUCCAGACAGUCCUACCAGAACAAGACGGUGCCCUCAGCAGGUCUCCUGUUUGUGUAUGUCGAGCAAGCUGAUGGCUUACCAGUAAAGAAGAGUGGAAAGGAUCCAAAAGUGGGAGUGGAGUUAAGUCUUGGAGAAAUGUCACGUAAAACUACAGUGUGUGAUCGUACAACCUCCCCUAAAUGGAACGAGGCAUUCUGCUUCCCUGUUCAUGAUCCAAGACAGGAUAUGCUUAUUCUUAAGCUGUCUCACAGCUGGACCCUGCCUAUUGGUUCUCUGAUUGUUCCUAUCAGAGAGUUGCUGUCUGAACCAGACCUGGUCCUGGAUCAGUGGUUCCAUUUGGAUGGAGCCUCACCUGAGAGUCAAAUCCUAUUAAGGACUGAACUUAAGAUGUUGAUUCCUGCCAAAUGCCCUGUUGCUACUGAAAGGGCUAAGGUCUCUGUAGUGUCAGACCCUACUCCAGCGAAGCGCCAACCAGAGACAGACACAACCCUCAGAUCAGCUUCAGUGGAGACUCCUCCUGUGGAGACCAUUGUUCCCUCGGUGCUUUUGGAUGAGGAGGUUCAUGAAGCAAAGGAAACUGCAGCUGAUGUGAAGGAAGAUAAAGUGGAAGAAUCACCAGUCCCAGCUCCAACCCUACCCCCUCAUACAUCCCCAGACAUCUCCUUUGCCAGUGAGGGGCUACUGAGACUCAUCCUGUUGGAGGCUCAGAGUCUGGUAGCUAAAGAUAACAUGAUGGGUGGUCUGAAGAAGGGCAAAAGUGACCCCUACGCAAAGAUCAGCGUAGGUGACGUCAUGUUUAAGAGCGCUGUGGUGACGGAGAAUCUCAACCCAGUCUGGAAUGAGCUGUAUGAGGUGGUGCUGAGGCCCCAGUCAGGGCAGGAGGUGCAGGUGGAGGUGUUUGAUAAAGAUAUGGACAAAGAUGACUUCUUGGGCAGGUUAAAAAUCAGUGUUUCAGACAUCAUCCGAUCCCAAUUCUCAGAUCAGUGGUACACCCUGAACGAUGUGAAGUCUGGUCGUGUUCGUCUUAUACUGGAGUGGGUCCCAACAGUGUCCUGUAAUGACAGCCUGGAACAGGUGAUGCAGCUGCAGUCUCUCCAGUCUUACCAAAACAAGGCUGUUCCCUCUGCAGCACUGCUCUUUGUUUACAUGGACAGAGCACACUCUUUGCCUUUCAAGAAGAGCGGUAAGGAGCCCAAAGCUGCAGCUGAGCUUGUAUUUGGAAAAACCACUUACAAAACCAAGGUUUGUGAUCGCUCCAGAUCACCACAGUGGAGUGAGGGAUUCCACUUCUCGGUUCAUGACCCCUAUGAAGAGAUGCUCAUAGUGAAGUUAUCCAGUGCGUGGGACCAGCCGAUGGGAUCUCUGGUGCUCCCUGUGAGGCAGCUGCUCUCUGAGCCUCAGCUGGUACUGGACCAGUGGAUGCAUCUGGACGGAGCCUUGCCCGAAAGCGAAAUCCUCCUCCGCGCCGAGCUGAAGAUCCUAGAGACACGGCUGACAGAAGUACCACAGAGAUCUGCAGCUGCUUCAAAAGAAGAAAUUACAACCGCUCCCGCUGAAAAGAUACUCAAACCACCCAAAGAAGAGGAAAAAAGCCCUAACACGGCAACAAACGACUCUCCUGUUGUGCCAGUGCAACCCGAAGUCACGCAUGACACUUUCCAUCCUCCUGCCCCGGUGGAGGAACCAGCCUAUGCAGAAGAGCCUCCGAUUGAGUCACACUUUGAGGCUGAAAGAGACGUGAAGCCAUGGCAAGUCCAAACGGAGGAGACAGGUUUAGGGGGUCUUGCUCAGGCCACAGUCACAGGCCUACCCACUGACCCAGCACCACAGACAAAGGUCCCAGAAAUCUCCAAAGUGGGUCCCAGUCUCCCACCACACACAGUGCCGGGUCGGGACUUUGGUAAAGAGGGGGUGCUGAGGAUCCACCUGCUGGAAGCCCAGAACCUCAUAGCAAAAGACAACCUAAUGGGGGGCAUGGUGAAGGGCAAGAGUGAUCCGUAUGUCAAAAUCAACAUCGGAGACAUUGCAUUUAAAAGUCAUGUCAUCAAAGAGAAUCUGAACCCAACGUGGAACGAAAUGUAUGAGGUGGUUUUGAGUGGGCGCAGCGAUCAGGACAUCCACUUUGAAGCAUUUGAUAAGGACAUCGAUUCAGAUGACUUCUUAGGAAGAUUCACUGUUGAGCUAAAGGAAGUCAUCAGUUCACAGUACAAAGACCAGUGGUUUACGCUGAAAGACGUGAAAUCUGGACGAGUUCAUCUGAUUCUUGAAUGGGUGCCUACUGUGCCAAACCCAGCAAGACUAGAACAGGUGCUGCAGCUGCAGACUCUGCAGUCAUAUAAGAACAAGGCUGUUCCCUCUGCCGCUCUGCUCUUUGUCCACUUGGAGAGAGCGCAUUCGCUACCAUCUAAGAAGAGCGGCAAAGAGCCCAAAGCAGGUGUUGAGCUAGUUCUGGGUGAAACAAGCUACAAAACCAAACUGUGUGACCGGAGCGCUGAUCCCCAGUGGACUGAGUCCUUCUACUUCCUCGUCCAUGACCCGAAACGUCAGAUGCUCGUGGCAAAGCUGUCCAGCGGCUGGGACCAGCCGAUGGGAUCUCUGGUGAUCACGGUUAAGGAGCUUCUAGCUGCGCCCCAGCUGGUCCUGGAUCAGUGGUUUCAUUUAGAUGGAGCCUUACCUGACAGUCAGGUCCUACUGAGGGCUGAACUGAAGAUUCUGAGCUCCAAGAUGGUGGAAAUGAUCGAUUCGGGAGCUCUGCCCUGUUCCGCCCCUACGCCUGGAAACGGGCAGGUGAAGUUGUCUCUGUUGUACUCCUCCAAGGACAGAAAGCUUGUUGUGAUCGUCCACGCCUGCAGAGGCCUGGCGUCCCAAGGCAAGGAUGCUGUUGACAGCUACGUCUCCCUCAUGCUGCUGCCGGACAAAAGUAAAGCCACCAAGAAAAAGACGGCCGUGAAGAAGAGAGAUCUCAACCCGGAGUACAAUGAAAGGUUUGAGUAUGAUCUGCCUGAGGACGAGGCCAGAUUCAGACGCCUCAGCGUGUCGGUGAAAAAUAACUCUGCCUCUUUCAGGAGCCGGGACGUUAUUGGACAGGUGCAGAUUGAGUUGGGCCAGAUGGACCUAAAGUCUGGAAUCACUGACUGGUUCACUCUGACUGAUGAUGCUGAAUAGCUGCCUUGCUCGCUCACUUUGAGAGCUUAACGACUCACCUCUGCUGUUACACUCACUGAUGCCUUGUCUUUCCUGCCUUUGCACCACUGUUGCAGUUUUACCUGCAGCCACCCAGCUCACUGUGUAUUUACAUGAAGUUUAAAGUGGACUGCGCCGCCUAAAUGUCCACGCACCAAAGAUAAUUGAAAGACGCAGUUACGUAGAAAGAAAGAAACUGAGUCUAAAGAUGGAGCUGAGAAAGGGAAUAAUGAAGAGACCUUUGAAGAACUUUGUUUACUUUUGAUUUUUUUUUUUCUGUUGGAGAAUUUUAAAGUAGGAGAGUUUCCUGUUUGAAGGGCAGAAAUGUUUUAUAUCCUUUAAAUAAUGUGUCAAUGCCAUAUCAGUGUUUUAGAAUUUAGUUUAAGAGAAGCUUAAAGUGGGAAUUAUAAUAGUUUCACCACACUUUGCCAUCUAGCUUGACUCUAAUCAUGUUCUACACUUGCUUUUAUUUUUUACAGUUUAGCCCGUUUGCGUCACAUGCCUUUUUUUAUAUGUUUGUGUGUAUAUUUGCAAAAAGUUCAGAUCAGACUGAAUCCUGAUUGCUGAAUGAGGAUUAAAAAAUAAACGUGUUUUCCAGCUUCAAACUUCAAA